AUGCAUGAGAAGAGCAAGAACUUCCAAUGUCUAUACCCGGUCUACUUCGACAGCGCACGCUCGCGCGAGGAAGGCAGACGGGUCCGGAAGGACGACGCUGUAUCCAACCCACUGGCUCGAGAGAUUGCCGAUGCGUGUAGUCACGUGGGACAGACGCUGGGAGUGCCGCUGCAGAUCGUCUUCGAGCCGCACAAGGGACAUCCCAAGGACUGGGCGAAUCCCGGCCGCGUGAGGGUGGAAGUGAAGCGGGACGGACGAAGCCUCAACAGCAAGAUCGCCAACAAACACCAUCUCUACAAACUCGUCGCUGGCUAUCUCAAGGACCACCCGACAACGGAAGACUCCGCCCGCCGCUUCCGGCUGCAAGGCAUGCCGCCGAAUAUGAAUCAGGUCACUCCGCCGGCUAUCCCGCGUGGGUUCAAGAUGGGCACGAUCCUGCCGCUUCACUCGCCCGCGCUGAGCGGAGGAGGCGUGAAUGAGAAUUUCAUGAAGGAUAUGAUGAGUGAGAUGGGCGGGCAGUUGCCGCCGGGUAUGGAGGCUAUGGCGAAUAUGAUGGGUGGAGGCGGUGGUGGUGGUGGUGGGGCCGGAGGGGCGGGCCAGCAGCAGAAGAAGGUUAAGGUUAUUAGGAAGAAAUGA